AAGAUGGUGGAUGGGGCACACUUAUCUUGGGCUCAAGCAGCAUGUUUGGAACAUGCUCAAACUACAUCACCUUGAGGCUUCUCGGUGAGGAACCAAACGAUGAGGACAGUCCAUUGGCUAAAUGGCGUGCUUGGAUUUUAUCCCAUGGUGGUGCAACUUUAGUGCCCCAAUGGGGAAAGAUAUGGCUUUCGAUACUUGGAGUGUAUGAUUGGUCUGGAAAUAAUCCAAUUUUCCCUGAACUAUGGUUGGCUCCCAAGUUUCUGCCAUUUCAUCCAGGGAAGUUCUGGUGUUUAACCCGUAUGGUGUAUCUGCCAAUGGCUUAUCUUUACGGCAAGAAAUUUGUUGGGCCGAUUACACCAACUAUACUGGCACUAAGAGAGGAGAUUUAUGGCACUUGUUAUGUCAAGAUCGACUGGAGCAAGGCCCGUAACGCCUGUGCAAAGGAGGAUCUCCUCUGUCCACGUACAGACAUGCAGAAUGCUGUUUGGACCUCACUCUACAGGUGUGUGGAACCAGUGUUGAGCAGUUGGCCUGUCAACAAGCUGAGAGACAGAGCCCUGUACAACCUCAUGGAGCAUAUACAUUAUGAAGAUGAGAACACUCAGUAUGUUUGCAUAUGCGCUUUGAACAAGGCUCUAAACAUGUUCUGCUGCUGGGUAGAAAAUCCAAAUUCAAAUGCAUUCAAGCAUCACCUUGCAAGGAUACCUGAUUUCUUGUGGCUUUCAGAAGACGGCAUGAAGGCACAGGUAUAUGAUGGCUGUCAGAGCUGGGAGACAGCAUUCAUAAUUCAAGCAUUUUGUGCAACGGAUCUUGUCAACGAGUAUAUUCCAACUAUCCAGAGAGCCUAUGAGUUCAUGAAACAUUCACAGCUUCUGAGGAAUCAUCCUGGUGACCAAAGUUAUUGGCAUCGCCAUAGAUCGAAGGGAUCAUGGACUCUUUCAUCUGCAGACAACGGAUGGGCUGUAUCUGACACUACAGGAGAAGCUCUUAAGGCUGUACUUUUGCUGUCAAACAUUGCAAGCAACCAUAUUGGUGAUCCAAUAGAAAGAGAAAGGCUGCAUGACGCUGCCGAUUGCCUUUUAUCUUAUUUGAUUCUAAAUCCUUGUGAGAGUUUUCCCAAUAUGGUCGUUGAUUAUCCUUACCCAGAAUGCACUUCCUCUGUGCUUCAAGCUCUGAUACUGUUUAAAGAGUUAUACCCUAGUUAUCGUACAGAAGAGAUCAAUGCAUCUAUCAGAAAGGCAGCAAUAUUUAUCGAGAGCAGACAAAAGGAAGAUGGUUCAUGGUUGGGCACUUGGGGUGUAUGUUUUACCGAUGGGGCCUUCUUUUCGAUUAAAGGUUUAGUUGCUUCUGGAAGAACAUAUGAGAACAGCUCUUCCAUCAGGAAAGCUUGCCAAUUUUUGUUGUCAAAGCAGCUCAGUACCGGUGGAUGGGGAGAAAGCCAUGUAUCAAAUGAAACUAAGGUUUAUGUAAACAUCGAAGGUAGCCGCGCUCAUGCAGUGAAUACAGCUUGGGCGAUGCUAGCUUUAAUUUAUGCUAAACAGUUUGAACGAGAUCCAACACCACUGCAUCAUGCUGCAAAAGAAUUGAUCAAUAUGCAGUUGGAGACAGGAGAGUUUCCGCAACAAGUAGGUUUCUACUUGUGUUCAUAAUGGCGGCUUCUAUGAACAAGCAAGCUUGUUAUUCUCUUAAAUUCAACAGAAUUUUAACGAAAUAUAGUGUUGAGGACUACUAUUGGAACACCAUUCAUAUUGCAUAAUUAUUACAGGAAUGAAACACCCAUUAUUCUCACGUGUGAAUAUGUGAUCAAAUGAUAUGGCCAGAUGGGUGACUACAGAGUACAGACUAGAAUGUCUAACAAUAUAUUUUCAGUUUACAUGCUCCAAAAAAAUCA